AGCAUACAAAAUGAAUCUAUUCAAGGAGUCUGAUCCUAACCUAAAUAAAUUAACAAUUGGUAUAGUAAUGUAAUUCAAUACUGACUCUAACUCUUCCCAGACGGCAGAUGAAGCCCCGAAACCCAGAACCGGAAUUUCCUAGCAAAUCCACAAUGUACACCAUUCCAGAGCUUUCAGAGCCUCCAGAACUUCCAGAAAUAACCCACGAAUACAGCAGUACCCUUCACCAAACAAGUUCCACACUCGCUCAAUAUCCAAAAGUAGCCCCGGACAUAAGCAUUCGUGCUUUCAAACAAUACAUCAAUCUCCAACUCAUCAAAUCAUGUGCACUUCUCGCAAUUUCCGAACUAGAUCAAGCUCUAGAGCACGUGGAGGAAGCUUUAUUUAUUGCGGAGGAUAAGAACCUUUUCUAUGAAAUUAGUAAAUGUCAUUUGUAUCGAGGAUUGUGUUUUAUGGGGAUGAAGAGGUGGAGGGAGGCGAAGAUUGCGUUGGUAAGGGGUGUGAAUGUUAGGGGGUGGGGUGGAAGAGUGGAGGGAUUGAUGAGGGAGGUUCAGUUACGUAUUGAUGAGGAUAAAAGGGGUCAAAAGCUGGGGGUUUAGGCUUCAUGAUGCUGGACAGAGGCGGAGUUAUGGUAUCAUUUUUUUUAUUGAUUGUUAUCU